AAUGAAUGGGGGUGGGGUGUGAGCUGGCCAGGCCAGAUCCCUAGGCCCUGGGGUGGGGUCAGGGACAGGUAGACCUCUGGAAUUUUAGGAAGGUGGAAGGAGGGGGACUCCAAGAGAGCUGAAAGAGCAGAAGGUUGGAGUGGGAUUGGAAUGGGAGAUUCCUAGGUCUAGGAAUGGGGGCAGUCGGGUCCCUGGGUGGGGGUGGGAGGCCCCUGUUGAGGGAGGGUCUGGGACGGGAGAAGCUGGUACAGGGGUUGGCAGGGUCUGUGGGGGGACUGAGAGGCUGUCUGCCAUGGGGCCAGACUGGGUCCCCUCUGAGGCCCAUCCCCAUGCCCCAAAGGCCCCCCGUGGCUCCCUUGCAGCUCCCGAGGUGGCCCCUUCCCUGGGCCGGGUCAUGCGCUGCCCCAAGUGCCUUCUCUGCCUGUCAGCACUGCUCACGCUUCUGGGCCUCAAGGUGUACAUCGAGUGGGCAUACGACCCUCGGCUCAGCAAGGCCUACCCAGGACCCCGGGGCACACCACCAGGCCCCACGCCAGCCAACUUUGAGCCCACCCUGCCUGCCAACCUCUCUGCCCGCCUGGGCCAGACUGGACCACUACCCUCGGCUUACUGGAACCAGCAGCAGUGGCAGCUAGGGACCCUGCCCAGUGGGGACAGCACUGAGGCAGGGGACUGCCGGGCUUGGGGGGCUGCCGCUGCCAACGAUAUCCCUGACUUUGACUCCUAUCCCGAGGACCUCCGCCACUUCCUGCUGUCGGCAGCCUGCCGUACCUUCCCGCAGUGGCUGCCUGUGGGUGGCGGCGGCCAAGUGGCCAGCUGCUCAGCUACAGACGUCCCCUACCUACUGCUGGCUGUCAAGUCGGAACCAGGGCGUUUUGCAGAACGACAGGCUGUGAGGGAGACGUGGGGUCGUCCAGCUCCAGGGAUUCGGCUGCUCUUCCUGCUGGGGUCCCCACUGGGUCGGGGGGGCCCUGACCUGAGCUCACUGGUGGCCUGGGAGAGCCAUCGAUAUAGCGACCUGCUGCUCUGGGACUUCUUUGACGUCCCCUUCAACCAGACACUCAAGGACCUGCUGCUGUUUGCCUGGCUGGGCCACCACUGCCCCGAUGUGACCUUUAUCCUGCACGCUCAGGACGAUGCCUUUGUGCGCACCCCUGCUCUGCUAGAACACCUGCGAGGUCUGCCCCCGGUCUGGGCCCGGGGCCUCUACCUGGGUGAGGUCUUCACCCAGGCCAAGCCCCUCCGGAAGCCUGGAGGACCCUUCUAUGUGCCUGAGACCUUCUUUGAAGGAGAGUACCCAGCGUAUGCCAGCGGCGGUGGCUACAUCAUUGCUGGGCGCCUGGCACCCUGGCUGCUGCAGGCGGCUGCCCGUGUGGCACCCUUCCCCUUCAACGACGUCUACACUGGCCUGUGCUUCCGUGCCCUGGGUCUGGUGCCCCGAGCCCACCCAGGCUUCCACACAGCCUGGCCGGCAGACCGCACUGCUGAGCCCUGUGCUGUCCGUGACCUGCUGCUGGUCCGGCCCCUCAGCCCCCAGGACAGAAUUCGGCUCUGGAAACACCUGCAGGACCCACAGCUCCAGUGCUGAGCCUGGGUGGGAAGGGCCAAGCCAGUGUGAGACCUGGCUCAGCCUCUCCUGGGCCUUGAUGGGCAGGAGGAGGUCCUAGGACCUAGGCUAUCUAAGCAACUCCUGGGGGG